GGAGGCAAGAUGGCGGCCUGGGCAGCGGGAGCCGCCGUUUGGCUCGUGUUUUGAGGAGAAAGAAGGGGAGCAACCCAAGCCGGCCCACCCCGCCCCCCCCCCCCUCACAAAACGGCGCGGGGCAGCGGCCUCGGCGUUUAAUUUUUAACCCCGGGGUGAUUGUUUAUUUUAAAAUCAACAAUGACAUCUAUCAUCAAACUGACCACUAUUUCCGGAGUCCAGGAGGAAUCAGCUCUGUGCUAUAUGCUGCAGGUGGAUGAGUUCCGCUUUUUGCUUGAUUGCGGCUGGGAUGAAAGCUUCUCCAUGGAUAUAAUCGAUGCACUGAAAAAAUAUGUUCAUUUGGUUGAUGCAAUCCUCCUUUCUCAUCCUGAUCCCUUACACUUGGGAGCUCUUCCUUAUGCUGUUGGAAGGCUGGGUUUAAAUUGUGCAAUUUAUGCCACAAUUCCAGUUUACAAGAUGGGACAGAUGUUUAUGUAUGAUCUGUAUCAGUCUCGACACAACACUGAAGAGUUCUCCCUGUUUACUUUGGAUGAUGUAGAUGCAGCAUUUGAUAAGAUUCAGCAACUGAAAUAUUCCCAGAUUGUUAACUUAAAAGGUAAAGGACAUGGUUUAUCCAUAACUCCUUUGCCUGCAGGUCAUAUGAUUGGAGGAACAAUCUGGAAAAUUGUAAAAGAUGGAGAAGAGGAGAUUGUGUAUGCAGUUGACUUUAACCAUAAGAGAGAAAUCCAUCUGAAUGGGUGUUCACUGGAAAUGAUUAGCCGGCCCUCAUUACUCAUCACAGAUUCUUUCAAUGCAACCUAUGUUCAGCCACGAAGAAAGCAACGAGAUGAACAAUUGCUCACCAACGUCCUGGAAACUUUGCGUGGCGAUGGCAAUGUGCUAAUUGCACUGGACACUGCAGGCAGAGUGCUGGAGCUAGCUCAACUUCUCGAUCAAAUUUGGAGAACAAAGGAUGCUGGACUAAGUGUCUAUUCUCUUGCCUUGCUCAAUAAUGUUAGCUAUAAUGUAGUGGAGUUUUCUAAAUCUCAGGUAGAAUGGAUGAGCGACAAGUUAAUGAGAUGUUUUGAAGACAAGCGAAACAAUCCCUUUCAGUUUCGUCACCUUUCUUUGUGCCACAGCCUAUCAGACCUGGCCCGAGUGCCCAGUCCAAAGGUUGUAUUGGCCAGUCAGUCGGACAUGGAAUGUGGGUUUUCACGUGAUCUUUUCAUACAAUGGUGCCAAGAUCCAAAAAAUUCUGUAAUUCUCACUUACAGAACGACACCUGGAACACUGGCACGGUACUUGAUAGAUAAUCCUAACACCAAAAAAAUGGAUAUAGAGAUUAGACGUCGUGUAAAAUUAGAAGGGAAAGAGUUGGAAGAGUAUCUAGAGAAAGAAAAGCUCAAGAAAGAGGCAGCUAAAAAGCAGGAACAAGAGAAGGAGCGAGAUGUUGACUCCAGUGAUGAGAGUGAUGUUGAAGAAGACAUGGACCAACCUUUGGCUGGAAAAACCAAACAUGAUCUCAUGAUGAAAAGUGAGAGCAGUCGCAAAGGAAGCUUUUUCAAACAGGCUAAAAAAUCAUACCCCAUGUUUCCAGCGACAGAGGAAAGAAUGAAGUGGGAUGAAUAUGGAGAAAUAAUAAGAGCUGAGGAUUUCUUGGUUCCAGAACUUCAAGCAGCAGAAGAAGAGAAGAGCAAACUCGAUUCUGGUCUGAGUAAUGGCGAGGAGCCUAUGGAUCAGGAUUUAUCUGAUGUUCCAACAAAGUGUAUCUCAGCUUUAGAAACCAUAGAAAUCAGAGCCAGGGUGACAUAUAUUGAUUAUGAAGGACGCUCAGAUGGUGACUCUAUUAAAAAAAUUAUUAAUCAGAUGAAACCCCGACAGUUGAUCAUUGUUCAUGGGCCUCCAGAAUCUAGCCAAGAUCUGGCUGAAGCAUGCAAAGCAUUUGGUGGAAAGGACAUUAAAGUUUACACACCAAAGCUUCAAGAAACAAUAGAUGCUACUAGUGAGACGCAUAUCUACCAGGUUAGACUAAAGGAUUCUUUAGUCAGCUCUCUCCAGUUCUGUAAAGCAAAGGAUGCAGAGUUAGCUUGGAUAGAUGGUGUCUUGGAUAUGAGGGUUUCAAAGGUAGAUACAGGGGUCAUUCUGGAAGAAGGUGAGUUAAGAGAGGAUGAAGAAGGAGAAAUGCAGGUUGAUGCUCCCUCAUCUACACAUAACUCUGACCAAGUUGCAGCUCAGCAAAAAGCUAUGAAGAGCCUUUUUGAUGAUGAUGAAAAAGAGACCAAUGAAGAUCUUGAUGUAAUUCCCACACUGGAACCAUUGUCACCAAAUGAGGUUCCUGGUCAUCAAGCAGUCUUCAUUAAUGAGCCAAGGUUAUCUGAUUUUAAACAAGUUCUUUUGCGGGAAGGUAUUCAAGCAGAAUUUGUUGGAGGUGUUUUGGUCUGCAACAAUUUGGUCGCUGUUCGAAGAACUGAGACAGGACGUAUUGGACUGGAGGGAUGUUUAUGUGAAGAUUAUUAUAAAAUACGGGACCUCUUAUAUGAACAAUACGCAAUUGUGUAAAUGGACAUGGAAUAAUCUUGAAAGACAUUGGAUUUUACUCUCAUGGGGUUUCCUCAAUCAUCACUGUGUUGGAAAAUAUUUGUGACAUGUAAAACAAAAGCUUGGACAUGUUUUCCUGAUGCAGUAGCACUUGCUCAUAAUUUGGAUCUGUUUUCUUUCAACUCUACAGAAGAAAUUUGUGUGGAACUGUUCUGUUAAAUCUGAAUAUGUUCUGUCUUCACCAGUUCUUAUACUAUAUUUUCUCGGUGAUAACAUGGAGUACAUUUCACUGGUUCAAAAACUAUACAAAGAAUGACAAGAUUUAUUUUACCUGGUUUUCUGAUAAAACUGUCAAAACAUCCCAACGUUCAACCUAUUAGUUUGUGAAAAAUUGGCUUAAUCCCUUGUAUAGUGAGGGAAAAAAUUUGGACAAAUCUGAAGGAUAGUUUUUCAGCUGAUGCAGCUUGAAAUAAUUUUAAUGCUUUUCAUGUUUUUGAGAAUCCAAGGUUGUAUUUUGUUGUGAGUUAUUAUUCACUACCAUAACAUUGUUAUUAUAAAGCUUUUGAGAUUGGUUAUUAGGUUUUAGUAAAGCUAUAAUUGUUGAAUUCAUCAACAUACAGUUUUCUUUUGAAGAGUUUUGGUAAAUAGUUACAAUACAUUUAUAAAGGGUAAUUUAAAUUUGAACUUAUGUUUAUAGGUUAAGGUUAAGGUUUUGACUUAACUUUGAAUCCCAAGAAAUGAGUAAUUAAAUUGCUUAUCAAACUACUUUAAAUUUCCUUUUGGCAAAUUCGUCCCUUAUGGGAAACUGUAGUCCAUGAUGGUGAGUGUUGGGAGAUUUAUUUAACUGUAAGAGAUAUCCUAUCUUAUCCUUGAUAUCUAGUCACAUGAGUUUUCUAUGGGUCCCUCUUUAUAAGAAAUCAUUCCAAGAGCCCUGGAAGAAUUGAGUCUUGGAACUGAGGGAUGCUGAGAUCAAUUGUGGUAUCCCUACUACCCAUCAUACUGUGAUCAUUCGAGGUAUGUUGAAAGUAUAAUUUUUAAUUUGCACAGUUGUAUUUUCAUAUUAUUGAAAUUCUAGUAUAAUAAAGAUAGAGCAGGAAAAACUAUUCUGAGAGCUAGUUAUUAGUUUUUUUGGGUAAAAAACAGUAUAAUGGAAAAAAGUCAAAGGUGAACUGUACUUUGAUGAGAGUUGUUCACCAACAAUUUCAUGUAUUACCUUACAUUAUCUAUUAUCCACAUUCAAAAAUAAAUUGGAGGAGAUUACAAAUCUAAAGAGAGGAAGCAUAAGAAACUGCUCCUUUGAAAAUGUGCCUUGUCUGAUCUCCUGGAUGCCCCAAGGAAGCUCCUUUUCCUUUACUACAGCAUUACAAAACUAGGAAAAUACAAAUUCACUGGUUACAAAUAAAAUUGACAUUUUAUUAAAUUAAAGGUGACCAUUAUCCUCUUGAAUGACAGAGCAGGUUCAAGGGAUCAAGUCGCCUACUGCUGCUCCUAAAUCAUACAUUUGUAAAUACUAUUGACUCUGGUACAGCAUACUGGAGAAGCACUGUUCUGACAUCUCAGAUUUCAUUUAAAAUACAUCCAGGUCAGUAGAAUAUUUAUUGGAGCACAAUAUUUGAAUUUAACAAUGUUUUGCAUUUGGGCAUAGAUUUCCUGAUGUGGCAGAAUAUUGCAAACCUCAGAAUAGUGCCUCAAUUAGAAAUGUAAACAGUUGAAAAAUGCUGACCAACACUUCCUAUAAUGGAAGUUCCUAGGUAACUAUUUUAAAUGUUUUAUUUCUCACCUUACAAAAUAUGUAGUCUCCCAGAUGCUAUCUCUCAGUUAAAAAAAAACUGUACACAUUAUGUGUAAGAUUUUAUAACUUUAUAUGCAAGAAAUAAAAAUGCCAAUAAAAUAUUGUUUCAUUUUCAGAUUCUUAAUGAUUUAUGUUGCUGCUGUUUGGUAGUAGACAAAUUGCACAUUGUGGCUGGUUAGCUCAUAUUAGGAUUUCUGUCAAGUGGUUAUGUUAGGAAUGUCCAUUUGUAUUCUGUUUACAAAUGUUGAAGACUCACUGUAUAAUUUCUGGCAUAUUUUGUUUUGAAAUGGAAGCUAAUCUUGAAAACAAGGCAUAAAUAAGUUAUAAGUGGUAAAAACAUAGUUUCACUAGCAAUUGAUUGGUUAAUGCCUGUAUAACAAUGCACUCAACCAGGCUCAGAGGAUAAAUUAUGUUCAAUUCAUUUUCUGAUUCCAUUUUCAAUAGUGACCUAUGAAACAGGGCUAAUUGCUAUUAAAAUGUUUCCUCUGCCAUUCCUCAGAAUAAAUUCCACCCGUUUGUAUCCUUAA